AUGUCCAGUAUGACCCCUGCUGCCUUGAGACAGGCAUCCCGAGCCUAUGCGCGUCGCUUCCAGCAUGGCUCCCUGAACUCCUUCCUGCCCAGACGGGCGCUCGCCACCGGUGGCAUUGUGGCCCGGAGAUCCUAUGUCACCGAGACCAAGGCGGGAAAUGCCCAGGUCACGAUCGAUACCGCUAUCAAGCAGGAGCAGAAGGCUUUUGCCAACCAGACCGGCGUCAAGCCCGGACGCGUGGAGCUACCUAGCUCCAGCGUCUCCGGAGAUGCCGCGAUGAGCCCGACCGCGGGCAUCUUGAAGCAGGCUACGAUCAUGGAUCAAGGAACGCGACCCGUGUAUCUUGACAUGCAGGCGACAACCCCGACCGAUCCCCGCGUGCUUGAUGCGAUGCUGCCCUACCUGACUGGCAUCUACGGCAACCCUCACUCGAGAACCCACGCCUACGGUUGGGAAUCAGAGAAAGCUGUCGAGCAAGCUCGUGAACACGUCGCCAAGCUUAUCGGAGCCGAUCCCAAGGAGAUCAUCUUCACCAGCGGUGCCACCGAGAGUAACAACAUGAGCAUCAAGGGUGUCGCUCGGUUCUUCGGUCGCUCCGGAAAGAAGAAGCACAUCAUCACCACCCAGACUGAGCACAAAUGUGUCUUGGACAGCUGUCGCCACCUCCAGGAUGAGGGCUUUGACGUGACAUACCUGCCCGUGCAGAACAACGGUUUGAUCCGCAUGGAGGAUCUUGAAGCCGCCAUCCGUCCGGACACUGCCCUUGUCAGUAUCAUGGCCGUCAACAAUGAGAUUGGUGUCAUCCAGCCAUUGGAGGAGAUUGGCAAGCUUUGCCGUUCUAAGAAGAUCUUUUUCCACACCGAUGCCGCUCAGGCGGUCGGCAAGAUCCCCCUGGACGUGAACAAGCUCAACAUCGACUUGAUGUCCAUCUCCGGCCACAAGAUUUACGGCCCCAAGGGUAUCGGAGCGUGCUACGUCCGCCGCAGACCUAGGGUUCGUCUCGAGCCUUUGAUCACCGGUGGUGGUCAGGAGAGAGGCUUGCGCAGUGGUACUCUUGCUCCUCAUUUGAUCGUCGGCUUUGGUGAGGCCAGUCGCAUUGCGGCACAGGAUAUGGAGUACGACUCGAAGCACAUCUCCCGUCUCUCGAAGCGUCUGAGCGACGCACUUCUUGGCAUGGAGCACACCACUCUCAAUGGAGAUGCUACCCGUCACUACCCGGGCUGUGUUAACAUCUCCUUUGCCUACAUCGAGGGCGAGUCCCUUUUGAUGGCCUUGAAGGACAUUGCCCUGUCGUCCGGUAGUGCUUGCACUUCUGCCUCGUUGGAGCCCAGCUACGUCCUGCGGGCGCUUGGUAGCAGCGACGAGAGUGCACACAGCAGUAUCCGCUUUGGAAUUGGCCGUUUCACGACGGACAGCGAGAUUGACUACGUGCUCAAGGCCGUCCAGGACCGGGUUACCUUCCUUCGUGAGCUGAGCCCGUUGUGGGAGAUGGUGCAGGAGGGCAUUGAUCUGAGCACCAUUGAGUGGAGCCAGCACUAA